ACCGGAGGGUGGGGGGGUGGCCGAGGGCCUUUUAAGCCCGAGGGAUGCCCACCCCCCACGUCCUGGAGCAAGCUGACUGGGGCUUGGGGGAGGGGCCGUGGCGACUAGUGGCGCAGACUGGACCUAAAAUGAACUGGGGAGUCACUGGCGACGGAAGGAGCGGAGUAAGCCCAGCGGAGACCUCCUGCUGCCAUGCAUUUAACCACAGCGCCAGCUGCCUCUUUAGCACCCUUGCGGCAGUUUUGCUUCUUUUCACCCCCCAUCAGCCGCUGUCCUGGAGUCAGAGCCGCGAAGUGUUCGGCCGAUCGGCAGCUCUCUUCUACGCCUCUGGAGAUUCUGCUGUUCCUCAAUGGCUGGUAUUAUGCCACGUAUUUCUUGCUGGAGAUCUUCAUAUUUGUCUAUAAAGGACUGCUGUUGCCGUAUCCGUCUGCAAAUCUGGCCUUGGACCUGGUUAUGCUUUUCCUCUACCUUGGAAUUGAAGUUGCUCGGAUAUUUUUUGGGUCAAAAGGGAACUUGUGUCAACGGAAAGUGCCACUCUCCAUCAGCUUGGCUCUAACCUUUCCAGCAGCUGUGAUGGCAGCCUACUAUCUUCUACUGCAGACCUACGCUCUACGCCUUGAGGCCAUCCUCAACGCUAUCCUGCUUCUUUUCUAUGCGGUCGAGCUGUUUUUGGGAAUUCUUACUCUGGCUUCUUUUUCCAGUUUGGACUCCUACUGAAUAUCCGGCUGGAUGGUAUUGCAUGGAAACAUGAACUGUCCAUAUAGAUAAGAGGCUGCAUGAACCCUCCAUUGUCAUGGCUGUCUGUGGCUCGAUAUCAUUUCACUGAAAAGGUGGAAGGUACCAUAGCCACUUUUUUGUUUCAGCUAGAGACCACCAGGCAGGCUUUCAAGAAAGAACUGGACCAAGUGCUCGUCACAGACUCAGUAUUACCCUUGCAUUCCAGCUAGAGGGUAACAAGUUCUGUUCAGACUUUAGAACUUGGAAAUUUAACUCCUGAAAGUUUAGAUUAUAGCUGCAGCAACCUUGGACUACUUUGGUAUGAUACAGUCUGAUGUUGGGUCCAGUGUUUCUAUCAUGUGUGCAGUUGGGACAUCUCUACCCAGUCUUUCCUGUGUGUAACCUCCUGUAUCUAAUCCUUGUAAGGGGAUGGGAUGAUGACAAUGAGGGCAGUGAGUUUUAUGCACCCUCCUAUUCAGUAUUAUGACUGUGUGUAUUAGUGAUUUGUGGCACUUUGUUUUUCUACUGUAUCCUUGGAAUAAAUAUUUAUUUUUCAA